AUGACACAGAUGCAAGACCAGAUAAAUGGUCUUUUGCAGCAACAGGAAACCACAGAAGAACGUCAACAGGCGUUCCUUCAACAGCUACAACAGACGACUGCCGAGCAGUUUAAUACCAUGAUGGAUCGUUCAAUGGAACGCUUCCAAGCCGAGAUGACCCGCAUCCUCCAGACACACCAGGCAACUCCAAACGCAGGCGGCGUCUUGGGGCCAGGCCCACACCGAAUAGAUCCCCCUCGCCCUAAACCAGUACGGUUAAUUUUUCCCCGCUACGGCCAAGGAGAUCCCACAGAUUGGAUAUUUUCGGCUGAACAAUAUUGCGAUUAUUACACAAUUCCAGAGGCCGAACGAGUCCGUAUAGCAUCCUUUCACCUUGAUGCACCCGCCAACAGCUGGUACCGGAACCUCUCUCGUGAAGGGUUACUCACAACAUGGCGUGAGUUUAAAGCUGCAAUACUAAGCCGAUAUGGGCCAACGGCCUACGAAGAUCCAGCAGGGGCCCUUUGCAAGCUGACACAAACGGGUACUGUCCGUGAAUAUCAAACAGCUUUUGAAGCUUUAUCUUGUCGGGUAACAGGCAUUCCCGAUACACUUCGCAAAAGUAUAUUUAUUGCUGGCCUAAAACCAAAGGUGAAAAGCGACGUCCAAGCCCAUUUACCGGCGGAUUUCCAUGCUGCCUGGGGACUAGCAAGAAACUAUGCAGAAUCUGAGGAAAGAAUAACACGUUGGACACCAAGAUCCAUGCAACCCACACAACCCAUAAGCAAGACAACACCAAUAACAAGCAGCUCAAUCCCUAUCAAACGCCUAUCACAGGCAGACAUGGCAGCAAGACGUGAGAAAGGCUUAUGCUAUAACUGCGAUGAGAAAUAUGUUUUCGGACAUAAAUGCAAACCUGGUUCAGCAUUCAUGUGCGUACUUGUCGACUUGGAAGAUACACCAGAAUCAGAACCGGAAUCAAGAGAAGAAGAACAACCAGAGAUUCCGUCCUAUACAGAAAUAAGCUAUAAUGCCUUAUUUGGACACCACUCACCAAGGUCCUUUCGGAUGAUAGGAUCAGCCCAUGGGUUCAAAGUACAAAUCCUGAUCGACAGCGGUAGCACUCACAAUUUCAUCACCAACCGGGUUGCGAAACAUUUACAACUACCAAUCCAGGCAAUUAAGAAAUUCAAGGUACAAGUGGGAAACGGUGAUAGUCUAUUCUGUGAAGGAUUAUGUGCAAAGGUACCAAUCAUACUCCAACAGGUACAUCUAUUUGACAUUGACCUAUAUGUCCUAGACUUGAACGGAGCUGACAUUGUUUUGGGAGUCCAAUGGUUGUCAACAUUAGGACCUGUUAUGACCGACUAUGAAAACCUGACCAUGAGUUUCCAUCACAAAUCACAACCCAUUCUCCUAAAAGGAAACACUAGCCUCACUCCCACCCCAAUUACCAACUCACAACUCCAUAAGCUUAUAGGCCAAGAGCCUGUUGAAUCCUUCCUAAUGUGUCUCUCCAUCCAAACCCAAAACACCGAGCCACAACCCCCCAUCAAAUCCACCAUUUCCCACAUCAUCGACUCCUACUCCGACAUUUUCACUACACCUACCCACCUACCCCCACAAAGACCAACCAACCACCACAUUCACCUACUACCAAACACAAAACCAGUACAGGUACGACCAUACAGAUACCCUCACUACCAGAAAAACGAGAUUGAAAGGCUAGUAUCCGAAAUGUUACAAGAAGGAAUAAUUCGUCCCAGUCGUUCUGCCUACAGCUCGCCAGUACUACUGGUAAAGAAAAAAGACGGGUCUUGGAGAUUUUGUGUUGAUUACAGAGCUCUAAACGCAGUAACAGUACAGGACAAGUUCCCCAUCCCCACCAUAAUCUUCUCUAUUCCCUUUUUCCUUUCUCCUUCCAACACUCUUUCUCUUUUUUAA